CCCACGAGCCCCGUCUCCCCACCAGCCCCGCCCAAAUCACACAAACACCCCAACCUCCAACCCGCCAACAUCGCCCCUCCAAACCACCCAAAUCACACCACCAUGGCAGACGACACGCGGAAACCCUCGCCGCAAGCCCCCCCUCCGCCUCGCGCACCCGCAAACGUCAUGCCGGGCGGGACCGCGCACACGGCCGGCGGCGAGAAGACCUCCGCCGCAGGACCGACCUACAUCGACGCGGUGCGCAGUCUAGGGCCAGAAUACUAUCUGAAUUUCCACAAGCGGCCGUGUAUACGGGACAGUCAAUUGCAGGGCAUAGCGGCGGGGUUUGCGGGCGGGAGUCUGGCGGCUAUAAUAGGGAAACCAGUGCUUAUAGCGUCGAAUUGGGCGGUGGCGACUUGGUGCGGUGUUAGUGUUGUGUCGUAUCAGGUGUGUCAGUAUUAUCGCAGUAAGGAGAAGGCGGGGAUGAAGCAGGCGGCGGAUCUUAUGGAGAAGAAGCGCGCGAGUAUUGAAGCGAAGAAGGAAGCGAGGAGGAGAGCGAGGGAGGAAUAUGACAGGAAGGAAGAGGCGCUGAGGAGAGAGGAGGAGAGGAAACGGUCGUGGGGAUACUGGUAUGAAAAGAACGUCAAGUUUUGGUAAUGACGAUACGGCUGUUUGGAGUUUGGUAGUGUGGGAUGCAUUGUACAGGACUUGUACGAACACUGUAAAAUAUGUGCAUGAUUUGCACGCAUGAUUCGAUUGUAGAUAUCGAUCGGAGCCUAGCCGAAACCCAAAAUGAAUAUUCAAAACCCGCAC